UUCAGCUGGUAUAUAAACCCAAACCACCAUUACUUACGUCGAUAUCUAUUCAGCCAAAAUGGUUGCUCAAGUCCUGAUAUUCACCUUGCUUCUGCAGGCUGCAGUGGGUGCUCCAUUCUUUAGUACAUUACAGUCAGCCUUCCAGAAAAGCAUGCAAAACUUAAGAAAUGGAAUGUCUAAAAUAACCACUCCUAUUUCAAAUGUUGUGUCCAAGAUACCUAACACAGCUUCCAAUGUGGUAAGUGCAAUGGGAAAAGGAGCAUCGACAAUAGCAUCAUCUGGUCAAAAAGCUCUGGGUACAACACUCAAUGCCACAGCACAAAUGGUGGGCGCCGGGAUGAAUCUGGGAACCAAGGUAGCUGCUAACAAGAUGGCAUUGGUGGGCUCCGGCAUCAGUGCUGCCGGCAAGAUCGGAGGAGCUGCAGUCAAUGCUUCCAUCAAUGUGGGAAGUGCUAUGGCCGGAGCAGUUGGUACUGGAGUGGAAGCAGCCGGUAAAAUGGCUGGAGCAGGAAUGGGAAUGAUUAGCACCGGGAUGGACACAGUUACUUCACUGUCUGAUACAGUAGCAAACAUUACAGAUACCGUGGUUAAUGGCGUAGGAUCCCAAAUUCAGAGUGGCAUCAAUACUGUUGGUGACGGCAUUUCUUCAGCUAUCAACACUGCAGCAAGCAAGGGAAGCUCUGUGGCAGACUCCGUGUCAAACACAGUGACCAAUGCUGCCAACUCUGCGACCAAUGCUGCUACCUCUGCUGCCAGUUCUGCUGCAGAAAAAGUGGCAGACGCUAGUUCAAGCACCAGUGCCAGUGCUAGUGCUGAUGCUUCCACAUCCACAUAAAUAAAUGCAAUAAAUAACAAAAAAUAUGUGUUUUAACUGUUCCAAAAUGUGUUUAAUUAAUUUAAAAUUUACCAAAUUCCUAAUAUAUAUUUUAUGUAGUAUAGAAAGAUUUGAUUUAACUAUAAAACUAUCACUGUCUCAUAAAAAAAUGAUAAAAGAUUACAGAAGAAAUUGUAUCACAACUUGACACUCACUUUUUUUUUCCAUUUAUACGAGCAUUUACUAAUUUUUUCGAUUAUUGUUUUUCCAUUCCUAGAAAGUUUCUGACAAUUAUUAUAUGGAGUAAAUCAUAACCAAAACCAAAUGUUACCAAUAAUGGUUUACCUGAACAGCACCAUUUUAUGAUAAGUUUUUGUUUGCUUUUAUUGUGUUUACUUAAGUCAGUUGGAUAGCAUUUCUAUUUUGUCAUAUAUUUGUUAAUUGUUGUAUUUUAUGGAAUAAAAGAUUAUUAUCAUUA